AUACAUUCACUGGAUGGAAGGAUAAAGAGGAGGAUCCACUCCAGAUGUCAUUUCACCUUCUGUCCUUCCCUUCAAGAUCUCCAUUUCACUUUGGUUGCAACCUUAGGAUGAAUCCUAUAACCCAUCCAUCCUGAAAGUCUUUGAACCAGUUCGGUAUUGUUGUAAUACCAGAACCACUGCUGCUGUUGUUGGGUCUUUUUAGUGUCUACUCCACUUUCACAUCUCAAACAAAAACAACUUUUACCAGGAAAUUACCCCAUUUGUGAGCAUUAAAGAAAUCCUGUUCGCCAACAACAGACCCACCAUCAAACAGGGCCUUGCCCACGUAGUGGUCACAGCUAAAGUUGUCUAUAUUGAUUUUUGUUCAUCGCAAAAACUCCGGAAAAGGGCUGUGAUAUACUCACACGCGCAAAUCUAGCGCACUGAAAUACUUGCUCAUCAUAAGAGAAUUAUAUACUCAUGGAGGAAUAAAUAAAACUACAUAUACCCGACAUAUACUAAUUUUUUAGUACUGCUUCAUGCAGCUUAGCCUUAGCGCAAAACUAUACGUAGAAUUUAUUUGUCUGACGCACUGUCUUCCACACCAAAUUCCUAUAUUAGAUUUACAACUCGGAGAGUUAUAUAAUUCAAAGAAUAUAUCGAAUAUCGCACACAAAUCAAUCAAGCCAAUAAACAAGGUCAACUCUCACAAAUGAUCUCUCAUUGCUUUGCUAAAUCCAUUAAUUGGAGUUAAAGCUUUUCAAAAGUCUGAUGGUCACUAUUUUGACCUACAAAGUACACAAAUCUGUGUAGUCAAUCAAGUACUCUAACGAUUUUGUAUCUCUUCUUACGUACAUCAGUGAUUACGCUAUUCAAAUUAAUUCGUACUUGAGGAGGGAUCUUAAGAACCAUGGGGAACGAGGACAGCCCAUUUCGUUAUAAGACUUUUGUAAUAAUCAUCGCCGUGUUGGACAUCAUAUUCGCACUGUUUCUGCUUGGAUUCUACUUGCUUCGGUUAGCCUUUUAUGAAGGUAAUGAUGGAGACAUGACCACUGGGAUAUUCUACAAAUAUGGGCUUAUCAAAGAUACGGAACCUUAUUAUUAUUUCAUCGAGGAAAUGCAAAAAUAUUAUAUGAUUAUCUGGAUCUCCAUUUUCUUUAUUCAAACGGUUCAACUUGUGAUGGCAAUUAUCCUCUUAUUCGGAGCUUGUCAGAGUGGGACUCAAGAUUCACAACGGCGCUGUAAAACUUGGUGCUCGUCGUUGGUUUUCAUAAAGACGACAAUCGGAAUAGAAUUUUUUAUUUUGUGUCAAACUUUUGCAAAAUUUGGAUUUCGAUACCCUGCUCUUGGGUUGUGGACCACAAAGCUAAUUUUCAGACUGUUGGCUGAGAAGGUUGUACGUGCUCAUAUUAAGGAAAUGACAGCAAAUCAGGUUUACUCUUAUGGUGCUAGAAAUAGCUAUCCAUUCUACUAAUUGGGUAAACCAAGCCAACCGAACGUUAAGCACGGACUGAGCCAGUUUGACCGAUAAGCUCAAACAAUAGUUUAUUUAUAGCUGUCAUAUGUGCGUACGUAGGGCUUAUUUUGCCCAUUAAAUUUUUCCCCGUUAUUUAGUUUUACGUAAAAAUUAACAAAGUUAUUACUCUUGUUAAUUAUCAAUUGAUAUUGUUCUCUAGUCAAAACUUUUCUGUAAUUUAAUCGGUUCAUUUUGUUUAAAAGUCGCAAACUCUACUAUCAACUGUAAAGUGUUCAAUCACCUUUCCACUUGUUAGUCUGUUUAUAAAAUCAUAUUGUACCCCAUUUUAUACAUUCACCUAUUAUGAUCUUGUAUAAAGCAUUUUAUAACACAAUAUAAUACCCUCAGAAGAUUUAGAUGUCUUGGACAGUAUUAUGACGUUGAAAAGUUAACCGAGAGACAUGUAUAAGUGACGGGAAUGACUAUGACAGUUAUUUGAUCCUGCUGGUAUUGGAUUGGCAUAAAAACAAAUGUCGAAAAGUAACUACUGGAAUGUAACAGACAUUAUUUAUAAUCCGAAAUUAUAUAAUGAAAUAAAUUGAGUAAAUCAACUAUUAGUCAAUCAAAA